CAAGCUGUCUGCUGAACUUGAAAGCUUCCUUGAAAGCUCUUGAGAUCGCGACAACCCACAAGAGGUCACAACUGGCCUCAUCAAAUUUUUGAAACCAAGACAAGCUACUCUUGUAGCAUUCUGUCGUAAAGAUGUCGACCAACAAGCAAGGCAAGAUGGCCGGUUACAUCAACUACCGGAUGCGGAUCACCCUCAUGGAUGGCCGCCAGAUGACCGGACAAAUGCUGGCUUUCGACAAGCACAUGAAUCUUGUUCUCGCCGAUACCGAAGAGUUCCGAAAGACCAAGAAGCAGGCCAAGCCCGCCGCUCCUGGUGCAGGAGGCUCUUCGGCGCAAACCGUCUUGCAGGAGGAGAAGCGCACACUCGGCCUCGUGAUCCUGCGAGGCAAGCACAUCGUCUCCCUUUCUGUUGAAUCACCGCCACCAGCGGACCCUAGCGCGCGUCUGGGCAAGUCGACAACCGGCGGAAUCUCGACGACCCUGACGGGCGGUCCUGGUGUCGCGCGACCCGCUGGCCGAGGCGCCGUUCCCCCAGUGGCACUUGCUGGACCCGCUCCGGGUGUUGGUGGCGUGCCGCCUCCCGGUUUCCCAGGCUUCCAAGGCGGACCUCCUCCUGGAUUCCCUGGCCGCGGUGGUCCCCCUCCUGGCUUCCCCGGCGCUCCUGGGGCCUUCCCUCCAGCUGGCUUCCCUGGCGCUCCAGGUAGCCAAUUCCCUCCUGGCUUCCCUGGUGCUCCUGGCGGCCAGCCUCCUCCCGGCUUCAACCCUCCGCCUCGAAGAUAAUUGCGAUUAUACCCGAAACACACGCGUUUUCACCGGUCUAAAUUUGAGAUGGGACAUUCUGGGCGUUCGGAUGCUUUACAAAAUUUGAGAGAACGGCGGGUCUGGCGGACACCUGUAUCAUAACGUAGAUGGAUAUGAAUACAUCACCUCGGUGGAACACAACCAGACAAUACAUC